AUGACCUCUGCUGUCUAUUUUAGUAAAUUCCUGGUCACGAAGCAAGUCUUCUACAAAUCUAAGCACUCAUACGCCUUAGUCAAUCUCAAGCCUCUAGUUCCUGGCCAUGUACUUGUGGUGCCGCUAAAGACUAGUGUCGUCAACUUAGCGGAUCUUAGUAGGGAGGAGAAUGAGGACUUCUUCAACACUGUCCAGCUGAUACACAGGUUUAUUAAACACCAUUACAAGGCAGACUCACUCAACAUAGCAAUCCAAGACGGACCAGAGGCAGGGCAGACAGUGCCCCACCUGCAUACUCAUAUAAUCCCUCGCUACCGUACGAAUAACGUGGGUGACAAAAUCUACGAGAUGAUUGACAACUGGUCUUAUGAAUCGUGGGAGGAGCGUCGCAGGGAGUACCUGAGCUCAGGUGGGCGUGAGGGCCGUAAACAGCUGGCUAAACCAGACGACCAACGCGUGGAGUCUUCUGAAGAGAGGAUGGAGCAGGAAGCCGUAGAGCUGAGUAAAGAGCUGGCUAGGUUCCUGGAGAACAACCCUACUCUGAAAUGA